UUCCGCGGGGCGGAAAAGGUAUGUCUGCCUAUGUCCCGACCAUUUCCAGUCCCCUUGCCUUGCAGGACCCCAUGAGUAAGCUGUGGCGGCGCGGAAGCACCUCUGGGGCCAUGGAGGUCCCCGAGCCUGGGGAAGCCCUGGAGUUGAGCCUGGCCGGAGCUCAUGGCCAUAGCGUGCACAAGAAAAAGCACAAGAAGCACAAGAAGAAACACAAGAAGAAACACCACCAGGAGGAGGAGGCUGGACCCACGCAGCCCUCACCUGCCAAGCCCCAGCUCAAACUCAAAAUCAAGCUGGGCGGGCAAAUCCUGGGCACCAAGAGUGUUCCCACCUUCACUGUGAUCCCCGAGGGCCCGCGCUCGCCCUCUCCCCUUAUGGUUGUGGAUAAUGAAGAGGAGCCCAUGGAAGGAGUGCCCCUGGAGCAGUACCGUGCCUGGCUGGAUGAAGACAGUAAUCUGUCUCCCUCCCCGCUUCGGGACCUGUCCGGGGGAUUAGGAGGGCAGGAGGAAGAGGAGGAGCAGAGGUGGCUGGAUGCCCUGGAGAAGGGGGAGCUGGAUGACAAUGGAGACCUCAAGAAAGAAAUCAAUGAGCGACUGCUCACCGCUCGACAGCGAGCGCUGCUCCAGAAGGCUCGGAGCCAGCCCUCCCCGACGUUGCCGCUGCCGGUGGCGGGGGGCUGCCCGGCCCCCGCCCUCACCGAGGAGAUGCUGCUGAAACGCGAGGAGCGGGCGCGGAAGCGGCGGCUGCAGGCGGCGCGGCGGGCUGAGGAGCACAAGAAUCAGACCAUCGAACGCCUCACCAAGACCGCGGCGCCCAGCGGCCGGGGCGGCCGUGGGGCCGCGAGGGGCGAGCGGAGGGGCGGGCGCGCCGCAGCCCCUGCCCCCAUGGUGCGCUACAGCAGCGGGGCGCAGGGGUCCACCUUGUCCUUCCCCCCUGGCGUCCCGGCUCCCGCAGCACUGUCCCAGCGGCCAGCCCCCUCGGGCCCUCCUCCGCGCUGCUCUGUCCCCGGCUGCCCGCACCCACGCCGCUACGCCUGCUCCCGCACGGGCCAAGCACUCUGCAGCCUUCAGUGCUACCGCAUCAACCUGCAGAUGCGGCUGGGGGGGCCCGAGGGCCCCGGGUCCCCCCUUUUGGCUACUUGAGACUCUCACCUAACCCGGACUCUGCACCCUCUCCCGCGCCCUCUUUCCAGUGUCUUCCCCACCCUAUUAAAUUUCAUCCAGCAC